GCGCUCGCCGCCGCCGCCGCCGCCGCUUCUGCAGCUGCAUCUGCACCCGCACAACUUUCCGGCCUGAGCCUCCUCGAGCGUGCAGAUACUGCUCUCGCUGUGUCUACUCCCGCACCCUUGCCGCCCCUUCUCCUUCUCUGCUGCUAGGUGGCCAGGAAGGAAGAAGCAAUUCAGUCAGGAUGGCUAAAGGUGACCCCAAGAAACCAAAGGGCAAGAUGUCUGCUUAUGCCUUCUUCGUGCAGACAUGCAGGGAAGAACAUAAGAAGAAAAACCCAGAGGUCCCAGUCAAUUUUGCCGAGUUUUCCAAGAAGUGCUCUGAGAGGUGGAAGACAAUGUCCGGCAAAGAGAAAUCAAAGUUUGAUGAAAUGGCAAAGGCAGAUAAAGUACGCUAUGAUCGGGAAAUGAAAGAUUAUGGACCAGCCAAAGGAGGCAAGAAGAAGAAGGACCCUAAUGCCCCCAAAAGACCUCCGUCUGGAUUUUUCUUAUUCUGCUCUGAAUUCCGCCCCAAGAUCAAAUCCACAAACCCUGGCAUCUCCAUUGGAGAUGUGGCAAAGAAGCUGGGUGAGAUGUGGAAUAACUUAAGUGACAGUGAAAAGCAGCCUUAUAUUACCAAGGCAGCAAAGCUGAAGGAGAAGUAUGAGAAGGAUGUUGCUGACUAUAAGUCUAAAGGGAAGUUUGAUGGUACCAAGGGUCCUGCUAAAGUUGCCCGGAAAAAGGUGGAAGAAGAGGAUGAGGAGGAGGAAGAGGAAGAAGAGGAGGAGGAGGAAGAGGAAGAUGAAUAAAAACUUUGUCUCCUUGUGAAUACCUUAGAGUAGGAGAGCGCCGUGAUGGCACAUCUCUUAUUUGAGCUGUGUCUAUUGCCCUUGUUAGGUUUAAUUACAAAAUUUGAUCACGAUCAUAUUGUAGUUUCUCAAAGUGUCAGUGGUUUACAUGAAGUGGCCGUGGGUGUCUGGAGCGCCCUGAAACUGUAUCAAAGUUGUACAUAGCUCCAAACAUUUUUAAAAUGAAAAGGCACUCUGGUGUUCUCCUCA